AUGUCAGCCGGUGCAAAACAGUACAAAGCCAUAGGAGACGAUAUAUGGAAGAGGACGGACAAAGUGAACGCCGAACUGUUCACAUUGACAUAUGGAGCUUUGGUCGUUCAACUCAUCAAGGAUUACGAAGAUUAUGGAGAAGUGAACAAACAGCUGGAGAAGAUGGGAUACAACAUCGGUACGAGACUGAUAGAGGAUUUCUUAGCUAGAACGGGAUUACAGAGGUGUCAGAGUUUUGCAGAGACAGCCGAGGUGAUAUCGAAAGUAGCAUUCCGUACCUUCCUUGGUGUUUCUCCUUCACUAUCUUUCCCACCACCAUCAUCGAACCUGCCCUCAUCGAAUAAUCUACCCCAGCCGAGCGAAUUCAUCUUAACAUUCGAUGAGAACCCUCUUGCGGAAUUUGCGGAACUGCCAAGAGAUGCCAGGGAAGGUGGUCUUUGGUUCAGUAAUGUCCUGUGUGGGGUGGUUAGAGGUGCUUUGGAGAUGAUCCAGAUGCAAGUGGAAACUCGGUUCUUGUCUGACGUGUUGAGAGGUGACGAUUCGACGGAGAUGUACGUGAAGUUAGUGAGGAUAUUGGAGGAGGAACAACCAGAGAAUGAUGAGUAG